AUGAGCGCCAAGGUGCCGCGCAACUUCCGCCUCCUCGAGGAGCUCGAAAAGGGCGAAAAGGGCCUCGGCGCCGAGGCCUGCAGCUACGGCCUCGAGGACAGCGAGGACCUCUUGAUGAGCAACUGGAACGGCACCAUCCUGGGCCCUCCUCACUCCGUCCACGAGAACCGCAUCUACAGCGUCAAGAUGCACUGCGGAGCAAAGUACCCCGACGAGCCCCCCACGAUCCAGUUCGUCAGCCAGGUCAACCUUCCCUGCGUCAACCCCCGCAACGGCGUCGUCGACCCCAAGCAGCUCCCCUGCCUGGCUCAGUGGAAACGCGAAAACACCAUGGAGACGGUCCUCAUCGAGCUGCGGAGGUAUGUCUCUCCCCCCCGCUCUGCAAUAGGGGUCCUCCCCCGUCUGGCCCGCAUUCCGAGAGAGAAUGACCCGUCCCCGAGCAAUCGCUGAUGCUGCGCUCAGAUACAUGGCGGCGCCUGCGAACAAGAAGAUCCCCCAACCUCCCGAGGGCUCGACCUACUCAUGAGCUUUCCAACGGGACACGAUUCGACGACACAUUCCGCUACAUCAGGUUUUAGGGCGAUGUAGCUCAUUCCAUACCAAGAUAGCCACCAUCUAUAGCCCAACACUCCAGCCUGACUGUUUCCUGAUACAUGCGCCGAGGCGCCGGUUGUGCGGCCAAGACGAAAUGUUGGUUCAUUUUCGCUCCAUUUUUAUUGACCCUACAACUGGGCAAUCACUUACUUGCACCUCCCGCCCCUCAUGCAAUGCCUCCUCUGGCUUUACCUCCCUUACCCAAGAAAAUCUCCAAAAGCGAGCGCCGUGCUCAAGUGGUCGAAGGCACUAGCUUCGUAGGGCCUCUUUGUACAAUGUGAAGGACUAAGCCUGCCCAGAACUCCGGAAACAAAAGGGAAUCAGAAGUGUAUGAUACAUGGUAUCUCAUAAGUCGUGUGUGUGAAUUAGUCCUCAUCCCCCCACCAGCCUGGCUCGUUCCUGUGGGCCAGCCCCGUGCCGCCAAGCACGCCCGAC